UGAACUUUGACCACUUCCAGAUUCUCCGGGCCAUUGGGAAGGGAAGCUUUGGCAAGGUGUGCAUCGUGCAGAAGAGGGACACAGAGAAGAUGUACGCCAUGAAGUACAUGAACAAGCAGCAGUGCAUCGAGAGAGAUGAGGUGCGCAACGUGUUCCGAGAGCUGGAGAUCCUGCAGGAGAUCGAGCACGUGUUCCUGGUCAAUCUCUGGUAUUCCUUCCAGGACGAGGAGGACAUGUUCAUGGUGGUGGACCUGCUCCUGGGAGGUGACCUGCGCUACCACCUGCAGCAGAACGUGCAGUUCACUGAGGAGACAGUCAAACUGUACAUCUGUGAGAUGGCGCUGGCCCUCGACUACCUGCGGAGCCAGCACAUCAUCCACAGAGAUGUAAAACCAGACAACAUCCUCCUCGAUGAACAAGGUCAUGCCCAUUUAACAGAUUUUAAUAUUGCAACCAUCAUUAGGGACGGGGAAAGAGCGACAGCAUUGGCUGGGACAAAGCCAUACAUGGCCCCAGAGAUUUUCCACUCCUUCCUGAGCGGCGGGACGGGCUAUUCCUUCGAGGUGGACUGGUGGUCCCUGGGCAUCAUGGCCUACGAGCUGCUGCGGGGCUGGAGGCCGUACGACAUCCACUCCAACAACCCCGUGGAGUCCCUGGUGCAGCUCUUCAGCACCGUCAGCGUGCAGUACUCCUCAGCCUGGUCCAAGGAAAUGGUCGCGCUGCUGCGCAAGCUGCUGACGGUGAAUCCCGAGCACCGCUUCUCCUGCCUGGCGCACAUCCAGGCCUCGGCCCAGCUCUCGGGCGUGGUGUGGAGCGACGUGAGCGAGAAGCGCGUGGAGCCGGCCUUCGUCCCCAACAAGGGCCGCCUGCACUGCGACCCCACCUUCGAGCUGGAGGAGAUGAUCCUGGAGUCACGGCCCCUGCACAAGAAGAAGAAGAGGCUCGCCAAGAACAAGUCAAGGGAUAACAGCAAAGACAGCUCGCAGUCUGAAAAUGACUAUCUCCAGGAAUGCCUUGAAGCUAUCCAGCAGGACUUUGUCAUCUUCAACAGAGAGAAGCUAAAGAGGAGCCAGGAGCAGCCCAGCGAGUCCGUGUCUGCCUCCGAGACCACCGAGGAGGCCGAGGCCGAGCCCCUGCACAUGUGCAGCUCCGUGUGCUCCUCGGGCAGCAGCUAGGCCGGGGCUGGCCGCCGCCCUCACUGCCCUCAGGUGCGCCGAGCACCCGAGCCCGCCGGACAGCACCGGCAGCUGCCCUGAGACUGCAGCACGCCAGAUUCACACAGGACUGCCCGGGCCGCGGAUGGCCAGGCCAGGAGCCAGAUUGCCACAGGACUGCCCCGCACCAUGGCUGCCUGCUGGGGAGGAUACGGCCUAUGCAACUUGUCAGGAGGAGAUCAACUUAUUUCGUCUUUCUGGUUUUGUGUCAGGUUGCUGAUCCACAUGUUUUUAAUGCAGUGAGAGGACAGGGAACAAAGCCAUGUCCUUGGGCCCCACGGGGAGAGACAAGGAGCAGGGAGGAAGGCCAAAGAGGUGGUGUGAGCUUGGCUUUGGCACUCCCUGUUCACAAAUGCUGCUCUGGGGAUGGGCAAUCCCUGUGCAAACCAGAGCAGCCCCGGGGCUCUGGCACCAGCUCCUGGGAGCCUGCAGCUGCUUGGGCCCUGCAGCACAAGGAUGUCCCAGGCACCUCCUUGUCCCUGUGUCACCUGUCAGUUCCUUCAGAUUCAAGGCAAAUUAAUGUUUUGUGUGCACUCCAUGGAUUCUUCAGGGGCUGGGUAAUGGUUCGAUGUGUAUUUGAGAUGCAUUUAAAAUGUUUUCUUCCUUGUUGUGUCUGCUGCAGGCAGUGAGGAGCUGUGGGAUGGGUUGGAGGCUCUGGCUCCAUGUGCCCAGGCUCAGAGGACACAGUUUAUCACAGGCUGAGGUUUUGUUGGAGGCAGAGUGGGUGGCCUUGCAAGGCUGCUUGGUUAUGAAAGACAGGAAUAUUGUAUUUCACCCUUCGAUUUACUUUAUUUUCAGUGUAAAGUACAAGUACUGUAUAUAAUUUGCCAAUACCUGUCUUAACUUUCUUACUAAGACAGGAAAUCUUCCCUUGCUCCAGCUGUGGGUGUUGCAGGGCCUUCACUGCUGCAGAGGGAGGUGUUUUGGUUGCUGUGCCCCCAAGCCCUGCAGUGCCGCAGGACUGCUCCAGGUGUGCGGUGGGACCACAGUCACCAUCAGCCAUCAGCAGCUGUGUGUGCCAGGCACUGCAGGCUGCAGUGUUUGCACCCCUGCUGGGCAUUCCUAAUGCAGAAACGCAUGGGAGGUGUUUUUAACAGAUCAGGUUCUGGCAGCACCAGUUUUGCUGCGGUUUCUGUUUCCAUGAACAAACCAGAAAGGCAGAAUGGGACAAAAUGAUCUUCCACAGGCAAGGGCACAGCGUGUGUGUCUCCCACAGUUUUAUGUGGGAAUCAGUGUGUGGCUGCACUUGUGCAGAGAUGUGUUUUCAGUGAACUCUUUAGGGCUGUGCAGGAGGAGGGGAGCUGCAGCUCUGGCUGCAGUUGCAUGGUUAUUUUCAGGGCAGAGCCAGUUAUGAAUUGCAGGUGAUUUACUCCAGCACUGUGGGUAGGGUUUUACAGUGAAUUCCGUUGCACUAUUUGGAAACUUCCUGUAAAUAACAGCAAAAUUUUGGACUAUAGGAAUGACAAGGAGCAGUGCUGAUUUUUUGACCAAACCAUCCCACAGAUGAGUGAUGAAGAUACAUCCUCUUCAGCCAGAAGCUGUCAGGCCAGGAGAGGUGUUGGCAGUUACAGGACGUGUGUAAUCGAUGUUUUCAUUGCUUCCUUAGGACAAGAGACAGGUGUGGUGGGGGUUGGUGUGUGUGGGGAGGAGCUGGCUUGCUUCUCAAACUGAGCCUGCUCAGCCCAAGCCCUCUCUCUGUCACUCACCCGUUCCCCUUGCAGCACUCCCCUGCUCCAGGGCAUUGUGCCACACAGCAGCACCUGGCACAAACCAGGAGGGCUUCUGGGGAUGCCAGGGAAUGGCUCCUGCCCAGGGGAAACACUCUGGGUGGGUCCUGGCUGCCUGGGCAGCACCCCGGAACCCAGCAGUGCAUCCCUGGGAUGUGCUGGGGACACUCGGACCUGAGUCCCUGAGAGCAGCACCAGGACACAGAGCUGUGGGUCACUGUGCUGGCUGGGAGCGACACUGUGGACACAGCGCUGGAGUGCUUGGUUUUGGU